CAAAUAACAAUAACUACAUGAAUAUGGCUGAGGCAAACAACGCUUUCUUUGCAGCCAGUGAGCAGACAUUCCAUACGCCAAGCCUCGGGGACGAGGAGUUCGAAAUCCCCCCGAUCACGCCUCCUCCAGAGUCAGAGCCCGCCCUGGGCAUGCCGGAUGUGCUUCUCCCCUUUCAAGGCCUCGGCGACCCGGUGCCUUCCCAGGGAAGUGAAUUCACACCCCAGUUUCCCCCACAGAGCCUGGAUCUUCCUUCCAUUACAAUCUCAAGAAAUCUCGUGGAACAAGAUGGCGUGCUUCAUAGCAGUGGGUUACAUAUGGAUCAGAGCCACACACAGGUGUCACAGUACCGUCAGGAUCCGUCUUUGAUCAUGAGAUCCAUCGUCCACAUGACCGAUGCCGCUCGCUCUGGGGUCAUGCCUUCUGCCCAGCUCACCACCAUCAACCAGUCUCAGCUCAGUGCCCAGCUGGGGUUGAAUUUGGGAGGUGCCAGCAUGCCCCACACUUCGCCAUCACCUCCAGCGAGCAAGUCGGCAACACCCUCCCCUUCCAGCUCCAUCAAUGAAGAGGAUGCUGACGAAGCCAGCAGAGCCAUUGGAGAGAAAAGAGCUGCUCCAGAUUCUGGCAAGAAGCCCAAGACUCCAAAGAAAAAGAAAAAGAAAGAUCCCAACGAGCCCCAGAAGCCAGUGUCAGCAUACGCCCUGUUUUUCAGAGACACACAGGCCGCCAUUAAAGGUCAAAACCCCAACGCUACCUUUGGAGAGGUGUCCAAGAUCGUAGCGUCUAUGUGGGACAGCCUCGGAGAAGAACAAAAGCAGGUGUAUAAAAGGAAAACAGAAGCUGCCAAAAAGGAAUACCUGAAGGCCUUGGCUGCAUACAGGGCCAGCCUGGUCUCUAAGGCUGCUGCCGAAUCUGCAGAAGCCCAGACCAUCCGUUCUGUUCAGCAGACCCUGGCGUCCACCAAUCUGACAUCCUCCCUCCUCCUCAACCCUCCUCUUUCUCAGCAUGGAACAGUAUCAGCCUCACCUCAGACUCUGCAACAGUCGCUCCCUAGGUCAAUCGCUCCCAAGCCUUUAACCAUGAGACUGCCCAUGAACCAGAUUGUCACAUCAGUCACCAUCGCGGCCAACAUGCCAUCGAACAUUGGGGCUCCGCUGAUCAGCUCUAUGGGCACCACCAUGGUGGGCUCCGCAUCCUCCGCCCAGGUGAGUCCUUCCCUGCAAACCCAGCAGCAUCAGAUGCAGUUGCAGCAGCAACAGCAGCAGCAGCAACAGCAGAUGCAGCAGAUGCAGCAGCACCAAAUGCAUCAGCAGAUCCAGCAGCAGAUGCAGCAGCAGCAUUUUCAACACCACAUGCAGCAGCACCUGCAACAGCAGCAGCAGCAGCUGCAGCAGCAAAUCAGCCAGCAGCAGCUGCAGCAGCAGCUGCAGCAGCAGCUCCAGCUGCAGCAGCUGCAACACAUGCAGCACCCGUCUCAGCCUUCUCCUCGGCAGCACUCCCCCGUCACCUCUCAGAUGACGUCCCCCAUCCCGGCCAUCGGGAGCCCCCAGCCGUCCGCUCAGCAGCCUCAGACACAGACUCAAGUAUUGUCACAGGUCAGUAUUUUCUGAAGACGCACGUGGCGGACGGACUGGCGUGCGCGAAGGCGAGCGGAGGGUAAACCAUCUGUGGCCGAGACUUGUGAGUCGGUGUGGGUUAUGCAGGAAUGUGUAACAGAUCACGUGGUCCUCUCGAGUGUCUAUUAGAUAGGCAAUAAGAACUGCAGUGUAGCUAGCAUCAUCUUUUAGCUGACUCUAAACCACUUUGUUUUUAAACAAGGAAAGCUGUGCUCUUUUAUGUGAUGCCUUUUUUAUUUAUUCAGGCUAGACCUACAAUAUGUGAAUCAGACCGUUUUGUGAAUCCUGGGACAUGCCGAUGACUGUAAACUGGUCUCUCUGAGUCAUGAGAAACGGCCUUAUUUCUCCAGAAGUGAAGAGACCUCACUUCGAGGCUGUUUGAACUUCCGAAACCCUAGACAUAAAAAGCACAGUUCUAACUACCUGAAAUUUGAAGACCCAGUUUCAUACAAUCAUUUGUAUGACAUGAAUAGUUGAUGGC